AUGUACCUCCAGCACGAGAUGUACUCGUUCACGUCGCGGUCCGUGGCCGAGCCCGAGACACCGGUCCCGCUCCUCGCACGGGGCAGCAUGGCGGCCAUGCGCGCGCGCUUCCAGCUCGAUGUUGUGCUCGAGCACGUACACAUCUCGCACCACGUGCAGCUCACAGACAAGGAGCUCCGCAUCACGUUCCAGCGCGACGCCAAACACAUCAACUCGGACCCUGCGAUCUGGAAGAACAACAUGGCCGAGUUCCGACAAGUCGUUGGGCUCCAGUCGACACUCACGCGCGCCGACCGGUCGUCGACGUCGUCCGCGACCACGUUUGAGCCCAAGUUGUACCACUUCAUCGUUACCUCACUGCCGUCGCAGACCCAAGUCGCCCAUUUUGAACUCGACAUUGCGCUCUACUUGAACAAAUCGCUCACCUUGUCGCUGCCGGCGCUUCCGUCGUCCAAAGACCCUUCGGCGCGCCUUUCGCUCAACAUCAAAUGUCACAUCGUUGACCGCAACAACAAUCCCACAAAGAAGCACCGGGCCGACACGGCCACCGCGGCCGACCUUCGCGGCUCGACGCGCCUCGUGCGAGACCCCUUCAUGGAUGGCCCUCUGCGCCACUCCAAGGCGCCGCCAUCGCUCGUGCGCUCCAGCACGCUAACCGACUCGUCGUCGACGAUGAACCACGGAGGAAUUCAAGAUACGUUUAGCGAGUACUCGGACGAUGGCCACGCAUCUAUCGACCGCCUCACGCGGCAACUCGAGGGCCAGCAGCGCAAGGUCAAGAAGCUCCAGGCAUCCCUGACACUCGCUGAGAAAAAAAUGGAUGGCCUACAGUUUGAGCUCGACGAGCUCCAAGUGCGUGAAGACGGCGAGACGCAGCAUGGUCUUCAAUUGCGGACAUGGAACCUCACGCUGCUUCAAGAGUUCGAGAUUCUCAAGCUCCAAUUGGUGCAAGACGCCAUCGCAACUACUGGCUCGCUCGAGCCUGCGUAUGACCACAUCCAAAAGAUCCACGAGCUGACCCGCGCCGCCUAUGUAUUUGAACCCGAGACCACGAUCGACGAGAUUCGCAAUGACUCGCUUGAGGACGACGACGACGACGAUGCGAGCGAGUUUGGCAAGCACUCGCUGAGCUCCAGUCACCGCGAGAUCGACUCCAACUUCAACUUUGACCCUGAAGUCGAGUGGAGCGGCGGGUCCCCAAAGAACGACGACUCGAUCGUGCUCGAAGACAUGAGUUUUACGACGUUGGCCCACGACCCGCCGCCCUUCGCGCCGUGCGUGCUGGCGGAAGACGGCAACCACGUCCUUAUCGACGAGCUGCGCAACAUCUUGAAGCGCAACCAGCGUCUUCAGCAAACGACAGAAUUUCUGCUCGUCGCACUGCAGCCAGCAGGCUCGACGACGGAUGAGCCACUGCUAGAUCCGAUCCCAGUGGCAGUGCCAGCGCAUCCGAAAGAACUCGACCCGCUUGGCCUCGCACUGGAGCGCGACUUGGACUUGAAUGCGCGCCUCAAGCAGCUCCAAGAUGAAAACGCGACGUUGCGCGCAGACCUCGAACAACUCCAAGCCCAAGUGCAACUGCAGCAAGGCCUCGGUCGACUGAACGCAGUCAUUGCCGAGAAGAACGAUCUCGCCGCCAAGGUCAAAUCGCUUGAAGCCGCGCUCGCCUCCGCACCCUCCACCGACGCCUUCCAAAAACUCGAGACGAACCUCGUGUCGGCACUUACGACGGUGCGUUCGUUUCAUCCAACUCUCUUCCUCAAGUUACGACAGGUCGCCACGCUGGAGAAGCGCCUUCAGGAACUCGAGCGCCGUCCGCCCCCGACGACAACGCCGACGGCAGCGACAGCAUCCCAUCACGUUCCGGCGAGUCCCGUGCGCUCGGAAAUGGCCGUCGAGUCCAUGAAGCACAUGCAAACGCUCAAGCAAGAAAAUCUGGCCAUGAAGUUUCGCUUGACGACGCUGGAGCCACUGCAAGAAAAGUACGAGAUCGCAGAGAAGGAACGCAAGCGCCUGAGUCUGCGGCUGCAGCAGUUCGUGGCCGACGACAGCGCGGACGCGGUCGGGCCGCGGUCCCGUCAAAAUACCAUGGACAAGACCCACGACGACGUGCGCCCGGACGCCCUCACGCGCCAGCGCAUGGCCGGCAUGGACAUGCAGAUCAACGUGCUCAACGAGCUCCACCGAACGCAGACGAUGCAGAUUCAGCACAUGGAGGAAGACUAUGCCAAGGUGCGCGCCGACUUUGUGGCCCACAUGAAGGAGAUGCAAGACGCGAUGGCGGCACUCGCCGACGAACACGCGCUGCUGCAAACGCCAGAGGGUCGCCGCGCCGCGCUCGCGCUAGCCUAA